GACUGAUAUAAUUUCUGUUGCAUCUGGCCCUCAGCUCUCUGACCAGCCCAGUCCACAGCAACAACAGCAGCAGCAGCAGGAAGCCUACAUGAGCCAGAAAGCAGAAGCUGUCUAGAGUUCAGAGAAAAGUAGUCCGUGUCAGUCUCAGCAUGGCCGGGGGCUCGGUGUCUGAGUGUAAGGAGUAUUUGUUCAAAGUCCUGGUUAUCGGGGAAUUAGGCGUCGGGAAAACCAGCAUCAUCAAACGCUAUGUGCACCAGCUUUUCUCGCAGCACUACAGGGCGACGAUCGGGGUCGACUUUGCACUGAAAGUUAUCAACUGGGACAGCAAGACGCUGGUCAGGUUACAGCUGUGGGACAUCGCAGGUCAGGAACGAUUUGGGAACAUGACGCGAGUGUACUACAAAGAGGCCGUGGGGGCAUUCGUGGUGUUCGACGUGACGAGGGGAUCCACGUUUGAGGCAGUAUCUAAAUGGAAGCAUGACUUGGACAGCAAGGUGAAGCUGGCUAAUGGCAACCCAAUCCCCUCAGUGCUGCUCGCCAAUAAAUGCGACCAGAAGAAAGAGAGCUCCAACAACACAGCCCUAAUGGACAAUUUCUGCAAAGAGACUGGCUUUCUGGGCUGGUUUGAAACCUCAGCUAAGGACAACAUCAACGUGGACGAGGCAGCACGUUUCCUGGUAGAAAAUAUCCUGGCUAACGACAAAGGUUUGCCAUACGAGGAGAGCAACGGAGACCGGAUCAAACUAGACAAGGAGACUGUGGCUGCUGAGAGCAAGUCAGGCUGCUGCUAACACUCAGUCCAUUCACAUUAGCCAUUCGCCUCCCUUUGGCAGGGUCCAACCUGUUCACGCAGCCUGUGGCUUUCAGCCCUCUACUCUCAGAGGAAUAUGAAUAUUUUGGGUCUUCCAAGCUCUAGGAUCGUCUCCCUGCACUGAUGUUCUUUCGACCUGCACAUCCAAGUUUCUCAUUGUAGCUUUCCCUAAGGCCAGAAUAGAAGCCCAAUUUUAUCUCGAUGUUGUCAGUGUUCCUACCAGGCAGGCUGUCAUCUUUCUUUCUGACACCUCUAAAGCACAGGAUCUGUAUUAUUGUGUUUGUCUCACUGCAUAUUACCCUGACUGUGUAUGAAGGCCUACCAGACCUCAACCUUGGUGCUCCCCCUGUUGCCCUGGACUAAACACAAACUCGAGCUGUACCCUCUCAAUUUCUGUCACUUUGGUCUGUUCUCUCUCAAUAUCCUUGUUAUUCAAUAUUUAACUGUGAAACAAGACACUUUAUUGUUCCGUGUUUCUAACGUAUUAGCCGUUCACAUAGAUGAUUCCCCUUCAACGUUAUUUUUACAGCACGCUCAGUUCGUGUUUCCAGCUCGUCUUUUGACUACUGUGUAAAAAGUAAGCAAAUGUCAAAGUGUUAUCAUAUUACAUAUUUCUGUCAUGAAGUGUUGUCUUUAUGCCAUAUUUUUUCGGAAAUGAUGUGCCAUAAUACAGUUUUGUUAUCUUAAAUAGAGGGAUACUUUUUGUUGUUCACUCAAACGUUAUAAGGACACAGAUGUAUACAAUACAGCAUUCCAGAGAAAAAACUCUAAGGGUACUAUAUAAGAUACAGAAUUUUUUUUGAUUAUCUCUCCACUGGUAUGAAAAUGUAGAUCUGAUUUACAGUAUGUAUUUUUUAUAAUGUGUUGGGUUGUUCAUUAUACAACUGGUGAGCUAUCAUAAAAACUGAAUCUGACAGAAGACUAUACUCUCUUGUACAUAGGGAUGGUAAUUUGUUAAAAUGUUCACUUGUAAUAUGGAGGAUUUUUUAACAUGCAGUUUACAUGUGGAAAAAAAACAACUUAAAAUUUAUAAGACCAAAAUAGAAUAAACAUUUUAACAGUUUUCUGAUGUCUACUAGUGAUUAGACUAUUUGAUCAAAUGUAUUUAUCUGUCUUAUUGAUUAAAUGUGCUGAUGUAAUUUAUUUAUAUAUGUAAAAACAUGCUACAAAUGCAUUUGUAAUUGCAUCAUAUACUUAAAGCACAGUAUUUUGACUUUGUGUUUGGAUUUUAUGGUUCAUUUUCUCAAGCAAACAAGCAAAAUAAGAUGAUAAAAAAAUUUUUUUCACUUGCACAUCGACCUGUUGGAUCAUGUCUGCUGAGCUGGGAUUAUUCUCACACUUCCUCCUACCAUACUGAUAAUAAAAGCGGGCAAUUGCAGGUUCUUGGUAUUGCCUUGCAACAGCAGAACUACAGUGAUAAAUUCUGCACUCGAAGAAAGAGAGCGUCAUCACCAGUAUAUCGUCGAAAGCAAGCCUAAAUAUUAGUCAGCCAAAUUAAAAGGUAACAAUUUAAACUCUUUCACAACCUCAGUAGUCUAGAUUCUACAUAGUCUAGGUGCUGAGUCAUCAUUGGUGAAGUUGUUUCUGUUUU